CUUCCUCCUCCUUUUUCAUCGUCUUCUUGAAUCAUCAAGCUUCCAUGAAAUGGGCCGAGCUCUAGCGCCUCUCCCGGCGAACCCCACCUCCCUCUCUCUCCUCCUCCUCCUCCUCCUCCUCCUACAUCUCUUCUCCCCAUUACAGCCCGUCGAAGCGCUGGGUUUCCAGUUCGGCACCUUCAAUCCCUCCACCGACUACGACACCUUGGCCGCCAUCGGUCCGGCUGUCAUCAACAAAAAUGCCCUUCAGGUCACCCCCGACUCCAUAGGCAACGUCAUCCUCACGAACCAAUCCGGCAGGAUCCUCUACAAGCAGGGCUUCAAGCUCUGGGACGGCCCCCCUGAAGCCCCCACCAAGGUCGCCUCCUUCAACACCUCCUUCGUCAUCAACAUCUCCCCGAUCAAGAACGGUACCCCUGGCGAGGGCCUGGCCUUCAUCGUCGCGCCGGACCAGAACCUCCCGGCGGGGAGCUUCGGAGGCUACCUCGGGCUCACCAACGCCACCACCGACGGCCACGCCAGCAACCACCUCCUGGCCGUCGAGUUCGACACCUUCAAACAGGACUAUGACCCGGACGCGAACCACAUUGGCCUCGACAUCAACUCGGUCGUGUCCAACCAGACCAUCCCGCUGGCGGACCAUGGCUUCGACCUCGCUCCGAACAGCACCAUAUUCUUCCACGUGUGGAUCGAAUACGAUGGUGGCCAGAAUCUCAUGGAGGUCUACAUGAUCGACGAGGAUGGGUCCACCCCGACGAAGCCCAAGCCGGCGUCCCCAAUCAUGACGGCAAACCUCGACAUGAGCAAGGUGGUGAACCAGAAUUCCUACUUCGGGUUCGCCGCGUCGACCGGGGACAACCUGGAGCUCAACUGUGUGCUAAGUUGGAACAUGACGGUGGAGGAGCUACCGAAGGGCACGCUGGAGGAGUUACGGAAGGGCACGCCGGCGGGGCUGGUGAUCGGGCUAGCUGUUGGGAUCCCGGCGGCGGCGUUGGGGCUGGCCGGGGCGGCCGCCCUGGGCAUCUGGGCGUGGCUGCGGAGGGCGGCGGCGCGCGACCCGAACAUAGUAGGGACGCUGAAGAGCUUGCCGGGGAUGCCGAGGGAGUUCAAGUUCAGGGAUCUGAAGAGGGCGACGGAGAAUUUCGACGAGGGGAACAAGCUAGGGCAGGGAGGGUUCGGGGUGGUAUACAAGGGGGUGCUGACGGCGGAGAACCGGCAGGUGGCGGUGAAGAAGUUCUCAAGGGACCAGCUGAAGAGCAAGGACGACUUCUUGGCCGAGCUCACCAUCAUCAACCGCCUGCGCCACCGUCAUCUCGUCCCCUUGCUUGGGUGGUGUCACCAGAACGGGAUGCUGCUCCUGGUCUACGACUACAUGCCGAACGGGAGCCUCGACGGGCACAUCUUCUGUGGCCCGGAGACGACGCUAGAGUGGAGUCACCGCUUGAAGAUCGUUGCCGGCGUCGCCUCCGCACUCCACUACCUCCACGACGAGUUCGACCAGAAGGUCCUCCACCGCGACCUCAAGGCCAGCAACAUCAUGCUCGACUCCAACUUCAACGCCCGCCUCGGCGACUUCGGCCUCGCCCGCGCCAUCGACAACGAGAAAAACUCCUACGCCGAGCUCGAGGGCGUCCCGGGGACGAUCGGCUACAUCGCCCCCGAGUGCCUCCACACCGGCAAGGCCACCCGGGAGUCCGACAUCUUCGGCUUCGGCGCAGUCAUCCUCGAGGUGGUGUGCGGCCAGCGCCCGUGGAGGAGGGCCGGGUUCGACGGGUUCCAGUUCCUGGCGGACUGGGUGUGGUCGCUCCACCGCGACGGGCGGAUCCUGGAGGCGGUGGACGGGCGCCUGGGCAGGGACUACGCGGUGGAAGAGGCCCGGCGGCUGCUGCUCCUCGGGCUGGCUUGCUCGCACCCGAUUGCUGCCGAGAGGCCCAACACGCCCACCAUCGUGCAAAUCCUUUCCGGGUCAGUGGAAGUGCCGCACGUCCCACCUUUCAAGCCGGCGUUUGUCUGGCCCUCGGCGAGCCCGCUGAACGAGGAAGGAGACACCACGCACGUGGCGACGUUGAAUUUCAAUCCUCUGUCUCAACUGAUGAAUUCAGUGCGAGCAUCCAUGGCCGAUUGCUCUCAUCCCUCUUUCUCUUUCUAUCUUCUCUUUCUUCAUGGCGAGUCUGCAUAUGAUGAACCACAGCAGUGUCUUGUGAAGAAGAAGAGCUUGAACCAGUGUCUUGUGAAGAAGAAGAGCUUGAACUAUGUUGUUCUUGAUCAGAAGUACUGUUAG